UCGUCCAUUCACUUCAACCAACACAGCAAUUCGCCUUUCCGAUCCGCCACCUGUUUCCGCCCUUCCUGCCGCCUCUUAAACCAUUAUAUCCUUCCACACAAAUGUAUAUAUAAGGAGAGAGAAAGGGGUAAGAAUUGAAGAAGAAUGGGUAUUCCUUCAACAUUAUUAAGUUUCCUUUACCCACCGCCCCCCUCUAUAUACAUCACAGCCAUGACUGUGAUAAACUUUGCGGCACUGGGCAACGCAGGGUUGAAGGAGACGAGAGGGAAGAAUAUGCAGUAUUCAAAGUUCUCCACUUCUUCAUCAUCUUCUUCUGCGGCCAUGAAUAAGGCUAAAAUUUCAAGCAAAAGUGGGAUGGUUAUUCUGUACACUCCUGCGUUUCUUGCAGGCCUUUUUGCUUCAUUUUGGAUGGUCCCAGAUGAGGAUUCCAGGUUUUGUUUGGUCUCUGCUGCACUUACCAUCCAUUUCUUCAAGCGAGUCUUUGAGGUAUUAUUUGUUCACAAAUACAGUGGCAGCAUGGAUGUAGAAGCAACCAUUGCAAUAUCCUUGAGUUACUUAAUAUCCACUGCAAACAUGAUUUAUGCUCAGCACCUCACCCAUGGCUUCCCAGAGCCCCAAGUUGAUCUGAAAACCGUCGGAGCCGGGAUCUUUCUGAUCGGAAUACUGGGUAAUUUGUACCACCAUUAUUUGCUGUCUAGCCUAAGAACCGAGGGGGAGAAGCAAUACAAGAUACCCCAGGGAGGGCUGUUCAACCUUGUGGUGUGCCCACAUUAUCUUUUUGAGGUCUUAGGUUUUGUUGGGAUUUCCUGCAUUUCUCAGACUUGGUAUGCAUUCAUGUUUACUUUGGGGACAACUUUGUAUUUGAUGGGGAGGAGUGUUGCCACUAGAAGAUGGUACCACUCUAAGUUUGAACACUUUCCCAAGGAUAGGAAGGCAAUCAUUCCAUAUCUCUUUUAGAUACAUAUAGCAAAUAGUAUCACUCAAAAUUUGCACCAUCAUGUAAUAUAUAAUAUAAUAAAUAAAUGUCAUUAUUUUAUUCUUCAUA